GCAACAGAGACCCACCUCGAAGUACGCCUUCUCGAUCCGCCUAUUCUUGUGCAGACACUUCGGCUAUCCCGCGUCAAAGCCAUGUGCCAAUCAUAUGGUUGGCUCUAUGCAGCUACUUGUACUCCCUUGCCUACAUCCCUUUCUACAGCAACCUGCCGCAGCUCACUCCUUCCGAGCGGUGGCGGGGCAUUAGCUUCUUCGGAAGGCUACGAGGUCUACAUCUUGUUGAUGCGUAACAGGCUUGAUAUGGUCAACAGCCUUGUAGAAGCUGCUGUAAGCCUGAUUUAUGUCUCUUUCUCUCAUGCUUUUAAUUUUGAUAUUUCAAUUUAG